UGACGACAUAACACAACGCUGCGUGUGUUUCACACAGAAUACUCCAGCGGAGUAACAGUUAUCCCGGUCGCAGUAUUAAUAAUAGUAAUAAUACCGCCGAAAGUACAUUUUAUUAUUAUCCAGUGGCGAUGGCGGCGGCAAAGGCUCGCGGAAGCGCGCAGCCACAGCUGCGGUGCGCGCUUUUCUUGCUCGCUGUUGCACAGGCCUCUGUUGGGGAUCUUCGCUACUCUGUUCCAGAGGAAACAAAGACUAAAUAUGUCAUCGGGAGUCUGACAAAGGACCUCAAUCUGGAUUUCAAACUACUGGCAGCUCGCAAAGCCCGCGUGGAUUACCAGGGAGGGAGGCGAUAUUGUGGGAUAGACCUGAACUCCGGAGAGUUCAUUGUUCUUGAGAGAAUCGACAGAGAGAAGCUAUGCGGACAGACCUUACCCUGUCUCCUGCAUUUUGAGUUUAUUCUCGAGAGUCCUCUGGAGCUGCAUAAUAUUGUACUGGAGAUACUGGAUGUUAAUGACAACGCUCCCAUUUUUCCCAAAGAUCUGAUAAAACUGGAAAUAAGCGAGGCUGCACCGAAAGGGACUCGCUUUCAAUUAGCCUCAGCUCGUGAUCUGGAUGUUGGAAUAAACUCCGUUCAAAAUUAUAUACUGGGGCAGAAUGAACACUUUGUUUUGGAUGUGCAAAUUAACAAAGAAAGGUAUGUGGAAAUUGUUCUAAAAAAUGUUCUUGACCGAGAAAAGGAGGAAGAACAUUCUUUGCUACUGACGGCUGUCGACGGAGGCAAUCCGACCAGGUCUGGCACUGUAAAUAUACAAGUUGUAGUGAUAGACGUCAAUGACAACGCGCCUGUGUUUUUACAAGCGACAUACGAGGUUAGCGUGCUAGAAAAUGCCCCGCCAGGAACGUUUGUUGUAAGAGUUAGUGCGACAGAUAAAGACGCAGGUUCGAAUGGUGAGAUAACCUACUAUUUUAAUCAUGCUUCUGAAAACACAGAGCAUUUAUUUCACAUUGACCAUAGAAGCGGCGAAAUGACGGUCGCCGGGAAACUGGACUAUGAGGAGGACGCUAGUUAUGAAGUGGAAAUUCAAGCGGAGGAUGGCGGGGGUCAAACCGGGCGCUGCAAAGUUCUCGUGGAAAUUACAGAUAUAAACGACAACGCCCCCUUAAUAAUUGUGAAAUCUGUAUCGAAUCCAAUUUCAGAAAACGCAGCUCCAGGUACAGAAAUAGCGAUAAUCAAUGUGAAAGACCAGGAUUACGGGGAUAACAGCAAGGUAUUCUGUUCCAUUUCUGAAAAUCUUCCCUUUAAAUUACAAUCAUCCAUCAAGAACUACUUCACUUUACUAACCACAGUAGGUCUUGAUCGCGAAGAAGUUAAUGAAUACAAUGUCACCAUCACCGCGACAGAUGGGGGGUCACCGCCACUGUCUUCAAACACUGUCUUAAAUCUCAAAAUUGCAGAUAUCAACGACAACCCGCCUGUAUUUGAUGAGCAGUCGUACAAAGCCUCAGUGGCUGAAAAUAACAAACCCGGAUCCUCUGUUAUUACUGUAAAGGCGAGAGACCCGGACUGGAGACAGAACGGCACAGUUUUCUAUUCUCUGUUGCCCAGUGAGGUCAGCGGAGUUCCGGUGUCCUCGUUUUUAUCCAUUAACAGUGAAACGGGAGUGAUCCACGCUGUCAGAUCAUUUGAUUAUGAGCAGUUCAGGAGCUUCAAAGUCCACGUUGUUGCCCGAGACAACGGUUCUCCUCCACUCAGCAGCAACGUGACUGUGAGUGUCUUCAUAACAGAUGAGAAUGAUAACUCUCCACAGAUAUUAUACCCUGCUCCAGCAGGGAACUCCUUCAUGACUGAAAUGGUCCCCAAAGCUGCUCAUGCGGGCUCUCUGGUUUCCAAGGUGAUCGCUGUGGAUGCGGACUCUGGACAGAAUGCGUGGCUGUCCUAUCAGAUCGUGAAAUCGACUGAUCCGGGACUUUUCACUAUUGGUCUCCACAGUGGAGAGAUCAGGACACAGCGGGACAUUUCUGAAUCUGAUACUAUGAAACAGAACCUUAUUAUCUCAGUGAAAGAUAACGGACAGCCUCCUCUCUCUGCAACAUGUGCAGUGUAUUUACUGAUUUCGGAUAACUUGGCAGAAGUUCCAGAGUUGAAAGAUAUGUCUUUUGAAGAGAACAAUUCCAAGUUAACUUCCUAUUUGAUCAUUGCCUUGGUGUCCGUUUCCACUUUCUUCCUGACGUUCAUAAUUCUGACUGUAGCCAUGUGGUUUUGCCGUAGAAAAAAGCCCAGACUGUUGUUUGACAGCGCAGUCGCCAUUCCCAGCGCAUAUUUCCCUCCCAACUACGCAGAGGUGGAAGGAGCAGGAACUCUCCGCAGUUCUUACAAUUAUGACACGUACUUAACAACGGGCUCCCGCACCAGCGACUUCAAGUUCGCUAGAUCUUACAAUGACGUCACAUUGCCUGCUGCUCAGACCCUGAAAAAGGACACAAACGAAGAUGUUAAUCAGAGUUUAACACAUCUCGAGGGAGCCGGUGAUUCGGUAAGCACUUAUAAUUCCAAAUGUGUGCUGUGGUGCUGGAGUCUCACAUUUUUAUUGGAUCUCUCAUCAUGCUCCUGUCGUUAUUGUAAGUUUCAGUUGAAAAUAUUUCUAUUUUAAAACGUUUUUAUAAAUACUUGUCGUUAUGCUUUCUCGAUGAGGCACGA